AUGCGUCUAAUACAAUUACAGGCGCUCGUAAGGUUUCCAUUAGUUGUAAAAGCAGUACGGCAUCAUAUCUUGCUGUGUUUGGGACGUGCACGACUGAUAAUGGCGCAAGGAACAACUUUAAGCGAAAAGCCUUUAGGCAGGCGACGAGCGGUCCCCGUGAUAUACUUACAAGGCUCUCAUUAUGAUGUCGGCUUUGACGUGGGACGAAAUUUUGCGAACGUCAUCAAGAGCUUCCUAUCAUCAUACGCCAACCUUAAGGACUUUGAAAAGGAAUACAAAACUGAUACAGGGAGGGACGCGUAUGACAAGACGCUCGCGAAUAUGAAGGAACGAUUCCCGUAUUACAUUAAGGAAAUGCAGGGUGUGGCCGAUGGGGCAGACGUUCCAUUCCAUCAGCUUUUUCUCUUGCAAAUGGAUGACAUAAUCGGAACUAUUAACGACAAUCAUAUACCACGCAACGACACAGGAGGCUGCAGUUCACUGGCUAUUAAGACCCCCAAUAAUGCUAUUUUAGGUCACACCGAAGAUGCUUUUAGUGAAACACUCAAUCAUUUCUACAUUAUGUCUGCGCAUAUUAUACCGACCGACGAAGAUAGGGCGAAUGGGGCCAUCGAAGAGAGAUUCGCAUCGUUAUGCUAUGCAGGUCAUCUACCCGGAUACACGAUGGGAUAUAAUGAAAAUGGAUUAGUAUUUUCUAUCAAUACACUUAGCCCAAUGGCAUUGAAACCUGGAAACACCCCACGAACUUUUAUCACGCGAGCUCUGUUAGCGUCUAAGAGUUACGCAGACGCUGAGAGGAUUCUGCGAGAUGAGGGACUUGGUAUCGGCAACGGCUUUUCAAUAAACAUGAUAUGGACUAAUAAAAAUGGAGAACGAAAGAUAUAUAAUGCUGAAGUUGCACCUGAUCUUAAGGGCGAUAGGUCCAAUGUUAACAUACAUAACUACGUUGACGAGCCAUUGGUACACACUAACAUAUACCAACGGAUUAAUAUAAAGGAAGUAAUUGGGCCAAUAAUAGACAGUAGUACUUUUCGUCUCAAAAUAAUUCAUUCGCACCAACCGCCUCAAAGCCAGAAGGACAUAAAGGAUAUCCUGUCAGACGACACUGGAGAAGAUUUCCAAGUAUUUCAGCAGAAACCGGAAUCCAUUAUUAAGACUAUCGCUGUUGGAUUCUUCGAUUUGGACAAGAUGACAUGGAGUAUCUUCAUCAACAAGCCAAAUAUUUCUGAACCUGUUGCCGUUUUGCCAAUACGAUUCUCGCUGUUAAACAAAACUAAU